AGUCAUUGUUUGCUUUAAUGGACUGGGGACACCUUAGUGACAUCUUGGUUUACGGCAAGAUAGUAUUUGUUUGUUUUGGAGUGAGGGAGAGAGAGAGAGGUUUUCUAGGUUAGUGAAUGAGGAAGUGUGAGAGAGGGAAGGGUGACGGGGAGGAGGACCGCCUGUGAGGAGAGAGAGAGAGAGAGAGAGCGAGAGAGGGAGAAAGUCCAACACUGCUACUGAAACGUGUCAGCUGUUGGUUAAGGGAGGCUGAAGAAUAAUUAAGGGAGGCUGAAGAAGGGAGGUAGAGAGAGAGUGUAUGUAUACCAGUGGGGUUGAGAGACCUUCUCUCCAGCGGAGCAGCAAGAUGAAGAGUUUCAUCACAAACACCCUCUCUGACUUCUUCUUCGAGUACGAGACCCCCCGUCAGGUGCUGGUACGGAGCAGGAGGGUGGGGGUCGUGUGCCGAUUGAUCCAGCUGGGGGUCCUGGCUUACAUCAUCGGGUGGGUGUUCAUCUAUGAGAAAGGCUACCAGUCGUCAGACACGGCCGUGGGUUCCGUCUUGACUAAGAUGAAAGGAGUGGGUUACACCAAUGUGACCGGAGAGGAGAGGAUCUGGGACGUGGCUGACUAUGUCUUCCCUGUACAGGGGGACUCUUCUUUUGUGGUGAUGACCAACUACAUUAUGACCAAAGGUCAGAAAAUUGAAAAAUGUUCUGAGCCCCCAAACUCGAAGAAUCGAUGCAGCUCUGACGCAGACUGUGAAGGGAGAUCAGAACGUACGGGAGAUGGACAUAUGACGGGGAAGUGUUUGGUGAACACAACCAAGAUGUGUGAGGUGCUAGCCUGGUGUCCUGUGGAAGAUGACGGCAGUAUCCCAGAUCCUGCGCUGUUGAUGUCGGCAGAGAACUUCACACUGUUCAUCAAAAACACAAUCAACUUUCCAGCCUAUGGUGUUACGAGGUGUAACCUCGUAGAAGGUAUCGACAAUCAGUACAUCAAAAGUUGCCUGUAUGACCCAAAGACAGCCCCACUGUGUCCCAUUUUCAGACUGGGCGACUUGGUACAGAUGUCUGGCUUCAACUUUGCCGCCAUAGCCAAAGUGGGUGGGGCGAUUGGUAUCAUCAUUGACUGGACCUGUAACCUGGACCAUGACCAGUCAGACUGUAAACCGAUCUACUCCUUCCACGGUCUCUAUGGAAACCCCGACGAGGCAGACACGGCCAGAGCAUCUGUGGGAUACAACUUCAGGUAUGCAAAGCACUAUAUGGAGGACACACAGGAGAAAAGAACGCUUCUGAAAGUGUUUGGGAUUCGAUUUGACAUCAUUGUUCGUUCAGUGGCCAGAAAAUUUGAUAUCAUUCCAACACUAACAGCUAUAGGAUCUGGUGUUGGAAUCUUUGGAGUGGCGACUGUAGUAUGUGAUCUGAUUCUCCUGUAUCUACUACCCAAGAGGGAAUUCUACAACAACAUGAAAUUCAAGGUCACUGAAACGAUGGAGAAGGAACCUUUAGAUGAGUUCAAGUCUGAAAAAGAAGUAUCCAAGAAGCAUUCAGAAGAGGUUCUAGUGCAUCAUGAGGCACCACUGUCAGAGACUUAGCCCCUACAGCAGCUGCCUGGAUCAGCUCAGUCUUAAGAGUGAUUCUGCAGAGGGGUCCUGACUCCUGGGCUCCAGUCUGCAGUAACAGCUGGCUGCGACUCCAACACACUGACUCCAGACUGCACUGAGACAUCUUAAAGCAUAAAAACAAGUGUGAUGGUUUUCUGCCUUGUGUCCACUCUCCAGCUCAAUGAUUCAACUGCUAUUUAAUUGCCUUCAAAUCCUGUCAACAGAUCUCAAACAAUGCCCUUCCGGCUCAAUGAUUCAACUGCUAUUUAUUGCCUUCAAAUGUCAACAGACCUCAAACAAUGCUCUCAGUUUAGGAGAUUUUUUUAUUUUACCUUUAUUUAACUAGGCAAGUCAGUUAAGAACAAAUUCUUAUUUACAAUGACAGUCUAGGAACAGUGGGUUAAAACUGCCUUGUUCAGGGGCAGAACCACAGAUUUUUACCUUGUCAGCUCAGGGAUUCGAUCUAGCAACCUUUGGGUUAGUGGCCCAACGCUCUAACCACUAGCCUACCUGCCGAGAUAGAUAGUUACGGAACAUUCUUUCAGACAGCCACCCUCCUUUGUUUGUCUAAUAACAAUAAUCAGGGCGACAGUUUAAUCAUUGGAAUGUGAUACAAAACAAGGCAUCGAUAUGCUUUAGGAGCGCUGUUCUCUCAAUGUGUUAUAAUUAGAACUAUGUGUUAGUUUGUGUUAGUUUAGGGUUGGUUCAGUAACUGAAAGAAUCAUGCGUUUUAUAACACAUUCGUUACCUUAAAGUACCCUGGUUUAUUAACACAUUUUAUAAUAUCUGUUUAUAACACAUUCGUUACCUUAAAGCCGUGGUUCACUCAGAAACAUUCUCUAUUUUCUGGGUGCAGGGAAAAUGUUGCAGUUUUAAAGGUCAUUUUCUUGCAAUUCUAUACAUUUUGCCAUGUCUAAUGUGUAUAUAUAUUAUAUAUAUAAUGUCUAAUGUGUAUAUUUGAGUGACUCUAACAUUAGUACAAAAUCUCUGGGCUACAAACGUUAGCUGACGUGGGCUAGUAGAUCUGGACAGUUUCUGAAACGUUAUAAAUAUCUCUCUAAGGUCUGUAAUGACUGACAGGACAAGAGGAACUGAGGAUGUACUUCCCAAUAUAGAAGUUGCACCUUGUGCAUUCUACUAUUACAACUUUCAAGAGUAAGUUGAAAGCCGGUUUCCAACCUCUUCCAUCAGCACAGCACACACCAUGUUGUCUUCAAGAAGCAGAAGAAUAGAUGACUACUGGUGCGGGGUAUUCCACCUUGAAAUACUGUAAUAAUGACAUAUUUUUGAUCUUUAAAUCUUUCUCAUCAAUCAACAAGUUUGUGAUUGAUAUGCAAAUUCAAUAAAACAUUGUUGAAGGUUGUA